AUAUUUCUUCCGCAUCUCGCCGUUCCUCCAUACCAAUCUGUAGCUCAAACCUAGUGAUAAUGACUUUCAAGCGGAGGAAUGGAGGUCGCAAUAAGCAUGGCCGUGGCCACGUCAAGUUCGUCCGUUGCUCCAACUGCGGAAAGUGCUGCCCUAAGGACAAAGCCAUCAAGAGGUUUCUUGUAAGAAACAUUGUUGAGCAAGCGGCUGUUAGGGAUGUCCAAGAGGCUUGUGCCUUUGAAUCAUACACUCUUCCAAAGCUCUAUUUGAAGGUGCAAUACUGUGUUUCAUGUGCAAUUCACUCCAAGGUUGUCAGAGUUCGCUCCCGUACUGACCGAAGAAAUCGAGAACCUCCACAGCGUCACUUCAGACGCCCAAUGGACAAUGCUCCCAAGCCUGGUCAGCCUCCACGCCCACCCGGGGCUGCUCCAACUGCUGCCCGUACAUAGAAGCGGAUGGCAUCGGGAGAUUUUAUUUUUAUCCAUUCUGAUUUAAAGUUGCUUCAUUUUGCUUUGAGCUUGAGUAUUUUUGUUAAGUUGGAAAAUCAUUGACAUAAUUAUUACUGAGAUUUGUGGGAUAAACAACAAUUUCUGCUUUUAAAUACUUAUCUGCUGGCCUGCUGCCUUCGUAUUUCCAAAAAAAAAAUGU